AUGGAUAAAGUUAAAGCUCUUAUUGAUUUACCGACACCAAAAUCAAUUAAGGACGUUGAUGCAUUUUUGGGAGCAGCUAAACCGUUAUUAUUGUCAUUUCCAGAUCCAUCAUCACCACUGGUUUUAUCAACAGAUGCAUCCGACAUUGGUUAUGGUGGCGUUUUAGAACAAAUUACCAAAGACGGUCCAAAGCCAAUCAGCUAUUUAUCACGUAAAUUAAAUCCGGCGGAGAAACGAUAUGGUACCAUCGAAAAAGAAUGUCUAACCAUGGUGCGUUGUAUUGAAGAGUUUAGAUCAUAUCUAUUAGGACGAGAAUAUACGGUGGAAACUGACCAUUGUCCGUUGUGUAAUUUUCAUAAAAAACCGUCCAAAAAUGGUCGGGUGGAUAGAUGGUCAAUUGGUUUAGGUGAAUAUGAUAUCGUUGAACUAAAAUGUAAAAAAGGUAAAUGUAACUGUGAUGCGGAUUUAAUGUCAAGAUAUCCAGCAACAACAUCCAAUGACCAGAUAACAUCAAGAAGCGUUAGAGGUAGAAUGAAUGGUGCACUAAUUGACGAUGAAGAAGAAGCAAAUCCACAAGUUAAUGUAAUUACUAGAGCAGCAGCUAAAGCAAUUACGAGUAAUAACAAUAACAAGACAAUAGCAUUAGCUGGUAAUCACACUAAAUCCCCAAAGCCAGCUCAAACAAUGACACCACAUUUAUCCACAACUGCAAUGCAACUACGUCCAAGAAAUAAAAUAAUAAAUCCAAAAACAUCGAAUAGUAUACCAUCAACGUCUCUGCCAUCGAUCAGUAAGAUAUCCACAGCAACACCAUCAACUGAUUUUGAUAUUACAAAAUUAAAAAUGGAACAACAACAGGAUACAGUCAUCCCCGAUAAAAUCAAAGAAAUCUAG